UACGUCAAAUACCUGACCUUCGGACAUUCCGUCGCGAACUGAAGACCCAUCUUUUUAUUUGCGCGGGGCUGGCUUAAAUUUGGAUUUUAAUAACGGGAAUUUUAUUAAUUUUAAAUGGGGUUUUAACUGAUGGCAAUUUUUUAACUUUGGGCUAUUUUAAAUAAGUUUUUUAAAGGGUAUUUUAACUUGUAUAUUUGUAUUGUUGGUUUUUAUCUUGCCUGUACACCGCCCUGAGUCCUUCGGGAGAAGGGCGGUAUAAAAAUUAAAUUAAAUAAAUAAAUAAAUACUAGACUGAAUAGAAUAGAAUAGAAUUUUAUUGGCCAAGUGUGAUUGGACACACAAGGAAUUUGUCUUGGUGCAUAUGCUCUCAGUGUACAUAAAAGAAAAGAUACGUUCAUCAAGGUACAACAUUUACAACACAAUUGAUGAUCAAUAUAUCAAUAUAAAUCAUAAGGAUUGCCAGCAACAAGUUAUAGUCAUACAGUCAUAAGUGGAAAGACUGAUAGCCAAGCCUAUUUCCUCCAGCACUCACUGCUUCACCCACCCUCCAUUUUUCAUUUGACAUUACUGUACCUUCAUUGUGUGUCCCAUGGCUUCUCAUUUCAUUACUUGGUACUGUUGUUUUUACACUUAUAUUCCUUUCUCCCUUUUUACUCUCAUAAGACCCCUGGAGGAGUCCCUCGGUGAGAUGGGUGGAAAAUAAAUUUAAACCGCAAAUAAAUAAAUAGCACAAAGAAGACCUGCAUGGUCUUCCCAAGAGGAAGAGGCUGAGCUGUGAAACGGAUCCAUGCAGGGAGAGGAAACGUGUCAUGAGGAGGCCAGGAUCAACUAGUCAUGAUGGGAUGGAGCUCAUAAGUGGAAUAAUCAGAAAAAGCAAGAAAAGGGGAGAAGAAAUGGGUUGCUUACACUAACCUCAACUCUCUUUCCUCCUCUUUGGCUUCUGUGAUGCCUUAAUCUUUUGGGUUGCCUGUAGGUAGUCCUCGACUUAUGACUACAAAUGGAAUUGGAAUCUCGCUUGUUUAGCAAAGUGGCCAUUAUGUGAGGUAUCACAUGAUGUCUUUACUCAAUUAGUGUAACGAUUUCACUGGUCGUUGAGUGGAUGAAAUCCCAGCGGAUAAAAGAUUGCGACCAGAUUUACCUGCAAGUCAACCUGUCAACAGAUAGUAGAAAAUCAAAGCAAGGCAGCAGCCAAGAGGAAGCAUGGAGCCUGGGAAGCUCUUGGAUCCCCCGUCAGACACAAGCAGCUCUCCACAAAACGACAAAAAAACCCAUGAAUGCUCAGAGUGUGGGAAAUCCUUUACUCUCCAGUCCCUCCUUUUGACCCACAGGAAGGUCCAUGUGGGAAGUGGAUCCAGUCAAGGUUUGGAGGGUGAGAAAUCCUCUGGAAAAGACGCCAAAGAUCUCAGAAGCUCCUCCAGACUGAAGACCUAUAAAUGUGAGGAAUGUGACUUACACUUUGGACAAAAGGCAAACCUUCGUACACAUCGAAAAAUCCACACUGGAGAGAAACCGUAUCAAUGUCUGGAAUGUGGGACAUUUUUCCGUGAAAAAGGCACUCUCAGAAACCACGAGAGAAUCCACACAGGGGAGAAACCUUACAAGUGUUGGGAAUGUGGGAAGAGCUUUGCUCAGAAGUCAAGUCUUUGGAUCCAUGAGAAGGUUCAUGCAGGAAUCAAAUCUUACAAAUGCUUUGAGUGUGGAAAAUGUUUCAUCCAGAGUUCAAGUCUUCGUAGUCAUGAGAAAACACACAAAGGGGAGAAAAACGAAAAGUGCCUCGAAUGUGGGAAAUGUUUUACCGAUAAAUCAACCCUGGUGCGACAUCAGAAACUUCACACCGGAGAGAAACCCUAUGAAUGCCCAGAAUGUGAGAAGCGAUUUAUAUAUUCCUAUGAACUUCAGAGACACCAGAAGUGGCACAAAGAAAAAUUACCCUAUAGAUGUGGGGAGUGUGGGAAAAGUUUCAUUUCGCCAGGAGUGCUUCAAAUUCAUCAGAGAAUCCACACGGGGGAGAAACCCUACAAAUGUGAGGAGUGUGGGAAAUGCUUUUCCCAAAAACAACACCUUGGAAGGCAUCAGAGGCUCCACACAGGAGAGAAGCCAUACAGCUGCAUAGAAUGUGGAAAAUGUUUCACUCAAAAGGGAGACCUUUCGAAACAUCAUAAAACCCACACAGGAGAGAAGCCACAUCAAUGCUAUGAAUGUGGAAGAUUUUAUAGUACCUCAUCAGCCCUUAGAAGUCAUGUGAAAAUUCACACAGGGGAAAAAAACUACAAAUGUUUAGACUGUGGGAGAACAUUUGCUCAUUCAUUUCACCUUAUAAGCCACAGCCGAAUCCAUACAGGAGAGAGACCCUACAAAUGCUCAGAGUGUGAUAAAUGUUUUUCACGGAAAGAUACUCUUGUGAAGCAUCAGCUAAUCCACACUGGAGAAAAACCCUAUAAAUGUCUGGAGUGUGGGAAAUGUUUUGCCCAACCUUACACACUUCACAUGCACACCCAAAUUCACGCAGGAGAGUAGCCUCACAAGUGCACCGAGUGUGAGAAAGCUUUUCCUAGUAAAUCAAAGCUAAAAAAGCACCAGAAAGUCCACAGCAGAGAUAAAUCUCUUCAGCUGUGAACAAUUUUUUUUUUAUUAUUAAUUUUUUUUUUUGCUUUUUUCCAACAAACAAAAAAGAAAAUACAUUAUUGCACCCUUGUGCUAUACAUAAAAAAAAAAGGAAGAUUUGGGUCUUCGGAUAUGUCCUGAUUGCCAAAAUCCACGUUCUCGAGGUACAGGUAAAAUUAAAAUUAGAAGUGGUGUGUAUAAAGAAGAUAUUUUCUGGAAGACUUGGAAACCAUUCGUGGACUAUGCGCUUGGAAAAUUGGACGCUUUGGUACGUGAACAAUUUUUUUUAACACAUUGUUUAUCAGGAACUUCACAUAGUGACAGAAGGAAAAUCGUACAAAUAUUUGAUGUGAGGAAAAUGUUUUUCCUAGUCAAGCAACCUUAAAUCCCAUCAGAGAGCACACAAUGAGGCAAAAGGGCACAAGUGCUGGGAGUGUGAGGAUGUUUUGCUCACAAAAGCCACAUUAGUAAUUUAUGUGUGGAGUAGAUAUAAUGUUUUGCAGGGAACAGGAAGUCCUCGACUUAGGACCAUAACUUGGAAUAGAUUUCCGGUCAUGCGAUGCUACAGUUUAAGUAUUUUUGUUAAUUUUUACCAGACUUUUGUUGAUCAAUAUAGAGAACCAGUGGUGGGAUUCAAGUAAUUUAACAACCGGUUCUCUGCCCUAAUGAUUUCUUCCAACCACCAGUUUGCCAAUCUGUUUAGAAAGUUAACAACCGGUUCUCCUGAAGUGGUGCGAACUGGUUGAAUCCCACCACUGAAGAGAACUGAAGAUUUAGAGAGGAGAAAAUGGGGUGAGGGUGGAAUGCAUCUGGUGGUUUAUUUUGUGAUAAAAUAUUGAUGUUGAAUAUGGUUGCUAAAGAGGAUCUUACUAUCUUUUUUGGAGUGAUUUUUCACAUAUUAUCUUUUUCAUGUUUUCAUACAGACACACAGAUAUUUAUAUUGUUUCUUUGUUGGAUCUGUAAAUACAAUCCUUAAUAAAAUUAUUGUUCAAAAUAAUCAAGAGGACUAUUUUCAGGUUAUGUCAAAAACUUCAAAAUGGCAGUCAAAUUGCGCCACAGUGUUUAGUCAGAAUCUUGCUGGUUUUUUUAGCUCCGUGUCUGAUGCCCUUUAAAACGGACAGAACACAAGUUGUGUAGAAACAGCUGCCAUUCCGAUUCUUUGGGCUCCAUCUUCCCCCGCUGGGCACUUUUGACUUCCUGUGUUGAAUUCAAAGGGGAACUUUAGGAGAAAUGUCCUGGGUUGGAAUUUGGAUGGAUCCCUGCUCUUAAGGGAAGUUCAUUGGUGGCCACCUACAUGUGCCUGACACACCAGUGAUUAAAUGAACCGCAUCUUACUU